CUAAUUUUACUUAUUUCAGUUUAUUUUUAAUAACAUAGCAGCGACCUGUACAGUGAGCAUUCAGAGUGCAGCAGCACUCGAGAGCAGAACAGCGGCGAGCAUUAUCAAAUAGCCAAAUGAAUGGGCCCAUAAAAGCGCAAGAUUAGCGCCAACUGAUUAAAGGCCAAAGGAGAAUGGGCCUGUUUCAGUAGUCGCACAGUUGCCACGAGACACGGUCGAGUUUUGGUCUAGAUGCUGGUUAUAGCCGAGUUUGUACGUCCACUCAGCGCCGAGUUGCGCCACAUUGCUGAGACGGAGCUAAAUGAGGUGGCGGAACGUUUGCCUGCGGAUCUGCAGGCUCUGCGGGAUUGGCUGGCCAAGCAGCCGCAUCUGAAAUGCCGCCAGGAUGCACAGUUUUUGGUUGCCUUUCUGCGUGGCUGCAAAUUCAGCCUGGAGAAGGCCAAGUCCAAGCUGGAUCAUUUCUAUACCAUAAAGACCAUGAUGCCCGAAGUAUUUGGCAAUCGUCAAAUGGAUGAGCGUAACAUUGCGCUGUGUCGCACGGGCACAUAUGUGCGGCUACCCAAACCCUUUGGCCCCGCCGGACCACGCAUCACGCUAACGGAUUACUCCAAAUUCGAUCCUAAGAUCUUUAAAAUGCUCGACCUGUUUCGCUAUCAGACGCUGCUUAUGGAGCGCCAGAUACGCGAGGAUGACAAUAGCAUCAUCAGUGGCUACAUUGAGAUUCUCGAUUUGUCCGAGAUGAGUCUCAGCUUUGUGGCCCAAAUGGACUUUUCGCUCAUCAAAAAAAUGGGCGUGUUUGCGGAAAAGGCGUCGCCAACGCGCAUGAAGGGCGUCCAUUUGGUCAACUGUCCCAAGGAGGCGGCUGCUGUGCUCAACCUGGCCAAGAGUCUUAUGCCCACCAAGCUACAAAAUCGAUUCUAUGUGCACAAAAACAUGGACCAACUUUUCGAGAUAAUACCACGCGAAUAUCUGCCAGAGGAGUACGGCGGCGACAAUGGACGCAUUGGUGAUAUCAUUGCCCAGAUGGAGCAGGAGAUGCUCGGCUAUAACGACUACUUGAAGGAGGAGAACGAUUACGGCGUUAACGAACAGCUGCGUCCGGGCAAACGUCUAAGUCCCGACACGCUGUUCGGCAUUGAGGGCUCCUUCCGUAAAUUGGACAUCGAUUAGAUUAGCUCACAACAUGAACUGAAAUUGAAUGGGAAAAAAAUUCCCGAAAUUGCCUUAACUUUAAAUUUAAUUAAAUGCCAAGAGCAAACUGAACUCAAGCCAUUCAAUAAGCACAAGCUCUUUGGGGGUUGAAAGCGAAUAAGAUGCCCUCUAACAUAGGUCAUUUAGAGGGUAAGGAACUCAUGAUUAUGUAGAGGGUUCAAGACACGAGGAGGAUAAGCCAACUGAUUACGCAUAAGGAUCAGAUUCAAGCUUGGCUAAAAUGAGUGACAGGACUGGUGACAUUUAUGAUAGUUUCCCGCGCUGCAAUGAUAAUUAAAAAAAAGUACUUUGAAAUAUCACCCUUCUUAGCGCUUCUCAUGAAUUCAAGUAAGGCUUACAGGUUUUCAUAUUUACUCUUUUCAAAAUGUCGCCCUGCGCGUCUCAUGAAUUCAAGUAAGGCUAACCGGGUUUCCUGCUUCCAUAGUAAGUGUAAUAUGAACCAAUUGUGUUGGCAAUCUAAUAAACUUAUGGCUUUCUAUCUGAUGCGCCCCUCUUCGUCUUGCUCGUUCGACUUUUUAUUGAUGUGUGAUAUAAUAAUAUAGAUCUCUCAUUUUCAAAAAAUAACCUAUUUAAAUACUUG